AUGGCGGCGGAUCGCCCAAAGCGAAGGAUCACACAACCCUGUUUGGUAUGUAAAACGAUUCUCUGAUUGAAGGCGCCUUUGUUUCGAACUUCUGCUGUUAGCGACGGGUCGAUCGCUACGUAAGGAAGCGCUUUUGGCGAUUUCCUGUUACUGUUUCAUUGUUCUGUCGAUUCUCGCUUUUGUUCUGUUAGAUCCCUAACUGAACAGCUGUGUGCGAGUGAUCAUUUCAACUCCGCAGUUGAAACUCUACUGCACUCAAGUUUAUCUAAUAGGUACUACAGCGAACGCAUCACGUGAAAUUAACCCGGAAUAAGGGGAUGUGAGCUGCCGAAUCUUGCGUUGACUGGUUUUUCACAGACACCCCGAAAGAGGCAAUUUCCUCAUCUUUGUUUAAUUUAGGUUAUGGGGAGAAAGCACCAUGCAUUCAGUAUGGGGUUUUGACUGCAGUCAAGUACUCUGUCUGAGUCUUGUAUUGUGAUAAUUAAAAGUGCAUGCCAGACAGAAUCAUAGCCACUUCUAUUGAAAAAAAAUCGUAUGAGAAAAAUAUUCAAAAUGAUGUUGAUCACCGCUUCAAAUUCAAGUCUUUUAAAUAAUUAAAUAUUCAAAUGUUCCCCUUCAGUAAAACGGGAUCUACAUUAGCACUUUAGCGGGUUGAAUAUUGUCGACGGCUUUCGAAUCUUAAUACGCUAUCGAAGGAGUUCAACAAGCAAAUUUUAAUGUUUUGAGUUAAGGCUGGGCAUGAAACAACCAUAAUAUAUUUGUUUUUAAGUAUUAUCACGUGUGUUGUUUUUAGAAAACGUAAAACUUCAGACAUUAUUUCAACGCCUGACAUAUCAGUCCAUUGUAGUUUCAUGCAUGACUGCAUCUCACAGUCCUUUAGUUCGAAAAUGCGAUCAUUUUUAUAACUUGACCCUCUGAUUUCUUAAUCUGAGACUUGAUGGUAAAAACUUUCAUCAAAGCUCAGAACUGGACAGUUUUUCUUUUCCAUUUUUGAUAUUGGGUCAAACGUUGUUGUUUUGUUAUUUGUUUUAACUGUUUUUAUUAUUUAUUUGUCAUAUCUAUUGAUAUUUAUUUAUACAUUUACCUUUUUUUUUCCUUUACAUAUUAAUGACAGUUUUUUCAAACUACUGCAAAACUGAUCUUUACAUCUGCAUUCCAGCCACUUGACUUAAUUUUGCAGAUUACUUUUUUAAAGUGCAACUUCUGCUCUGUCAUGGUGCUUGUACAAAACUGUCCAAUCAAAUAUCAGGAAAAGAGGAUUGAAUUUGAAAAAAAAAGUUUUUCUCACCCCUUUUUACUCCAGCCCUGAGUCUUGUAAGAAUCACUUUUCAUUUCCUAAAACGUGAUUGGUGAACUUUAUGUUAGUGGCUUUGUACAAGACAAUCAUACUGGACAAUGUAGUUGCUCAACCUAUUUAUUAGCUCAUUUAAGAAUCACCAUAUGUGUUCCUCAGUCCAUUCUAUUUUUAAAAAUUACUAUAAUUCAUUUUGUUGGAUCUCAGGAGGUGUAUACACAGAUGUAAAGUAACCAUUAAACUCUCAAAAUCUGAUUCUUACUUCUCCUUUCAAGCUGCUACUCAUUGCCUUGUAAAUUAGUUACGAGAAUUUGGAAUUAGAUCAAGAUAGCAACUUCUCCUUAAUUAGUUUGAACAUUUUCAUUACUUUUUUGCUGGAUAAUGUAUGAAUACUAUGGGGAGAAGUUAUAUGUUAAUCACUUCUUUGAAUUACAGGGUCUGUGUUAAGCAGAAGUUACACAAUAAUAUGCCCCUGUGAGGUUAAAGCCAAGAGUCACACAGUGCUUUACUAGAAAAGUAGUAUUUGAGUAUCACAACAGAUAUGUGUUUUUUUUUCUCUACAGGAAUACAAUGGAGGACUUCUACCAAAAGAGGAAAUAAUGUUGCGGAAAGCCAUGUAUGCCUCUCUUAUAGAAUCUAAAAAACCUUCACCAAAAAAAAUUGUUGUGCAUCCCUCAUCAACAGAGAAUGAUGGAUGUUAUGUUAAUGGAGUGCUUGAUAAUGUGGAGUUAAUCUCAGCGGGAGAAGAAAUCAAUGGCAAGCAUUGUGCUAUUCCUAAUGAGGUUGACAACAAUAAUAGUCCUAAUGUUCAUCAAUUUGAAGAUGUACAAGCCAUGGAGAUCCACAGCCCCUCAUCAAGUACAGCUACUACACAGAAAAAGACAAAAAUUAUCAAGGAACCUAGCAAACUGUUGAAUUAUGUGCUCAAGAAGAAGAAAGAGAAGAAGAAUAAGGGCAGGAGUUUAUUCAGAACUCCAUCACCUUUGAAACUUCAAGCUCAUGGUGAUAGUGGAAGUGUGGAUUUUUCAGGUGGAGAAGCAAAUGUCCUGAGAAACUCAUCUUAUUUAUCUCAAAAUGGGAAAGUGAAAAAGAAAAAGCGGCAAAGAGGAGCUCUGGCUGUUUUUGUAGCCAUGAAUAAAUCUGCUGGAGGAAAACUUAACAAAAGCCAUAGUCUAAGCAAAGAACUGCUCAUGAAGACAAAAAAGAAGAGAAGAAGAAGGCAGAAAAGCAUGGAGACUCAAGCGUGUGGAGCUGAAGGAGCUGUUGGUCUUGCUGCUGAAAGUGAGGAGUUGCCCACAAAGAAAUACAAGAAAGAUGAAAAGAAAAAGUGAGUAAUAAAAACCUGUGAACCCUUUAACUCCCAUAAGUGACCAAGAGAGAAUUUCUCCCUGGAAUAUUAUUACAGCAAUCAGAAAAGUAAUGAGAAGAAAGAAAAACCUAAACUUGGGGAUUGUUUGUUGAUCCAAUACCAAAUUCUCCAAACUUACAUCAUAAAUAUUGUAUGGCAGUCAGUUAUGAGAAUUACUAAUGAGAUUUUGGGAAUGAAAGGGCUGAGGUCAGGGGGGAAUUUUUAACUUCCUGUUUAAGUCAUUAAUUAUGUAUGGUGACAGGUGUUCUUUAAAACACAAAGAGGUUUUCUAAGUAUUUCAUUUCACCUAGCUCCUAGUUUUCAUUUUCAAGUGCUAAGAAUUUUUUUGGUUAUUCCUCCCUUUACAUAAAAUGCAUUUCCUUGAAAUCCAGUCUUAACCCUUUAACCUUCCAAGAUCUGAUGGUUAAUUCUCUUCUCUAGCCACUACAAAUUUCCUUGUAAAUAAUUUACAAGAAUUUGGUGUCAGAUCAAGAAAACUGAUUCAACCUGAUAAGUUUGGAUAUUUUUAUGACCUGUUUGCUGGAUCAUGUUUAGAUAUUAUAGGGAGAAGUUACAUAUUAAUCACCUAUGGGAGUUCAUGGUUAAGAGAAGUUAUUGUCAAAGAGAAAUAAAAGUUUUCCUUUCUCCUUACCUGUCUGAUGGAAAAUGUGUUGAUAUGACUAAGAGAAGUUGCUCAUUAUUCACUUCUGAGAGUUGAAAGGUUUUAGUUAACUCUUUACACCCUAACAUCAGUUUGCAUAUUCUCCAUACUGUUCCCUAUACAUUCCCGAAGGUGCUGAUGAGGAGAAUUUGUUUCAUAAUCAAGAGCUUCUGUUGUUGGUGAUCAUAUUCUUUAUUUUCAUAACCUUUAAGUGUGAUUUGGGGGUGAUAUUGUAAAGAAAAAUUAGAUGCCAGUCAUUCUUAGGGGUUAGAGGGCUAGAUGCAAGUGGUUUUCAUCUGUUUUCAUGUUCUCUGACUUACAUUAAUUUAUAACUGUUGAUUUUUCGCUGUUCUUGGGAGUUAUGUAUAACAUAAACAUGUUCAAUUUAGGCAAGAAAAAAAAACUGAACAGAAAAUAUGCCAACAACUACAACUUAAUUCACACACAGUAAAAUUUGAAUUACAAAUUAUUUCAUAUUGUGUGAAGUAAAAAAAUGAGUCAAAUCUUAGGUGACUUUUUAAACAUUCAGGGUUUGAAUUGAAUUUUUGUAAGAUCCUUAAGCUUUAAUAAACUGAUUGAACAAACUUUUGAUUAGUAUGCACACCAAAAUAAGAAAACUGAUCAGACAAAUUGCCAUCUUUUACAUUCUUUGAAGAGGUCUAAUGUUAUGAUGGUAAGUAUCAUCCUCAAGUAAAGAGUCAUCCAAUAAAAAUGAAGGAAUAAUCAUAUGAUAAAAUGGGAAGAAAAUUUUUAACUUCAACAAAUUGCCUUGUUCUAUAAAGGACACCUAUGACUGUAGUUAUUUUUUUAAACUUGAAUGUGUAUAAUGCUGUAUAAUUUUGAAGAUGUGCAAUCAUGAGAUAGAUUUUCAAGAGAAAAAUAACAAUUUUGAUAGUUACAUGUAUUCUGCUGUCUCCUUAUGUUACUUAAAAUUGGAAACAAUCAUAUUAGCAUGUGUAGAGUUCUACAUUGUGUUUAUUAUCUUGAUUUGAAUUCAGUUUAUUGAUAUGUAUCUUUUGUGUUUUUAUAGGCCACACAGAAUGGUUCAAGCACAGAGGAAAUUUGCCAAGAGGCAUCCAUUGAGUCCCAACAGGUACAAAAUUUUUUUUUAAUCCCAAAAUUGGUUUUUAAAAAAACUUUUUAACCCUAGCAUCAGUAUACAUAUCCUCAAUACUCUUCUCUAUACAUUUUCUUUGGUACUGACAAGGAGAAUUCGAUUAACAAUCAAAGUGUCUUGGUUGAUGAUCAUUUCCUUUAUUCUCAUGACCUCAAUGAAUGAUUGAGCAGUAUUACUGUAAGGAGAAAUUAGAUGCUGGUCACUCAUGGGGUUUAAAGGGUUGAAUUACAGACUGGUUAUAUUUUAAAUAUAUUUAUUUACUUAUUUGAUGUCUAUUUGUUUAGUAUGAGAUAUCAGGUGGACAACAACUUAUUUACAGCUCCAUGCACCAGGGCAAAGACUGAAGAUUUUUUGACUUUUCUGUGUUUAAGAAGUGAGUGGUGUAAUCAUUUAGUUAAUAUUUGACAAUUAUUCACUGAAGUGGAGGAGUUCAGUGGUGGAUAUUUACCUCGCUGAACAGCCGCAUGGUAAAUAUCCACUGAUACGGUCACUGACAUUGAGGUGAAUAAAUGUUUUGAAAAGAAAUGUGUUUGAAUUGGGUAUAAACUACAACAGUUAGAUAAUAAUGCUCAAAAGAUGAUUUUAAUUCAUUUAUUCCUUCAACGAUUGCAAUAUUUUUGAGCGCAAACCCAUAUGAGUUGCUCAGAGGUGGAUAGCAAAAGAUUUUGGAGCUUGAGUAGCCAAUCAGAGCACAUCUUCAACCCAAUCCACUGUUUUGGUAUAUACUUAUAACUAUUAACAACAUGUGGAUAAUUACUAUUUGUGACACUGAAAAGGUAUUUGAAACCUUUUGUACAUAACAGUAAAGACACAAUCUUAAUAUUAUACACAUGCAAAUUAAAGGAGACUGGACUCCUGUUAAUUGUUGGUGAAAUGUUCCGCUCCCUUCCCAGAGUUAAGUAUUUUUUCAGGCAAUCAAAUUUUCUGGGUAUCAACACUGAUAAGAAGGAAAUGGCAAGUUUUGCGACAUCUCUGGUGAGGACUGUGGGUAAAGUGCAAGCCCAGUCAUGUUCAUUGAGCUGAUCCAAAGUAUACAUCUUUACCCCUUUUUAACCCUUUAGCUCCCAGUAUAUGAUUAUUAAUUCUCCCCUCUAGCUGCUACACGUUUCCUUGUAUAUUAGUUUCGAGAAUUUAGUGCUAGAUCAAGAUAACUUCUACCUAAUAGAUUUGAGUACUCUCAUUACCUGUUUGCUGGAUAGUGGAUGGAAAUUGUAGAGAGAAGUUACAUGUGAAUCACUUCUGGGAGGUGAAGGGUUAAUUUGAAUUUUUCUGAUGUUGUUGUCGAGGUUUUUUUUUUGUUGUUGUUUUUUUUUUUUUCAGGUAACCCUGUCUUACCAAAAGAACUAGAGGUCUUCAAUAACCCUUGUCUACCGAUGUCACCAUUAUCAGAGGAGGAAGACGAUGUCUCCUCUCCACCCUCCCCUGUUCGAUCACAAUCGUCCAUGUCGAACUCGUCAAGUGCUAUUCAGAUAUCACAUUCUGACUCACCUGUCCCCUCUGUGGAUAGUCCAGCAACUGGUGAGGGACCCUCAUGGGAGAGUGGAGUUGUUCGAAUGUACGCAGAUGGCCCCAAAGGGCUAGCUGCCAAAGGCAAGGAGGAGAAGAAAUAUGAUGAACUCCUUCCAAGUGACGAGGCAGAUGUGAGUGAAUUGUUUUUCUUGAUGUGUGAAUAUUGAGGCGACUGACUAUGGCUGCAUUUUAAUUGUUAUGUAAGUUCAACCUUAAAUCAUCGUCCGCAAGCGGCACAGCCUCUUUUUUCCUCUUCAUACAUGACAGUCAAUUGAGGAAUUGGAACUUGUUCACAUAUCAUUGCUUACAGAUUCCAUUAUAACUCGUGUUUCAUUAAUUACUGACUCUUAACUGAUCAGACGUUUGAAUUUUUGUUUUUAUGCGAUGCCUUAUAGGCUUUUUCACAACAAGUCACUUGAUAGAUUUCACACUUUUCGACACUUUGUGGCUAGUUUCCAGGUCCUUGCUGUUCUAACGGCAGAUACAUGUAAGAUCAUUUAGGAAUAAAUACUUUAUAGUACAUUCGACUCCCGAAAACGCGAAAGGGGAAGUGAGAUAAGGUUCGAGUUAUCGGUUUUUCAUUUUAUUAAGAAUUGAGACAAACUGACCAGAAAUGGGAACACGGUGGUGACUGCAGUUUUAUUUAUACAGCGUACAUUUUGAUCAAAUGUUAUUGCCCUAUAGAGAAGAGGGGUGAAGAUGACAUAUUUCAGUUGCGAGUAGGAGUUUCCAUUGACCAAAGCCUUAGUAAAACUUAAAGUGUUGUGAGAGGUUCUACUGUUGUAGGAUUCAGCUUUACUUCUAUAGUUGUGUUUUAAGGUCGUUAUCAUACAUAUCAUCUUUUACUACCUGUCCCAGGCGUUCAUUCUGGAAAUGAAGCUAUAGGAUAAACGGCGCAAUGGUAGCAGCAGAGCGAAAACGGGGAAAGUUUAAGUCUGGUGGCGAAGAGAUCGGCGCUCGUCACGCGAACCCGACCCAAAUCCCCCUCGUUUUUUUUUUUGUUUUGUUUUGUUUUGGUUUUUUUUCAUAUCUCCGCUUCAGUCUACUAUCGCGUUUCGUUUUACUCUUCGUUUUACUCGCUGAACUCCUGAAAAAGGCUACCGCUAUAAUUAAAACAAAGUUAUGAGUUGAUUAAUCGCUUAAAAAUAAGAUGACAGUCUCGACUCGAAACUUUCGAGAAUCGAGGAUCGAGACGCUCGAUGAACUUUCGGGGAUUUCGAUCCGCAGGGAACGAUGUUAUUCUAGCACGCAGAACAAUAGCAAAAGAUAAAGCGCCAUUCGUAUCCCUUACAUCCCUGCUUCCUGUUACGUUAGCCUUUCCACUUUCGUGUUUCUAAGCUCUCGCAAAAUAAAUUUUAUACGUCUCCCUAAACUCAACGAGCCGAAAAAACGUUCAAAUUUUUGCUUUUCUCCACAUACGUAUAAACCUUCUUUCAAAUUGUUGAUUAAGUGAUUAAGUGUUUCCAUUGUGAACCUGCGUGCUAAAGCUUCUAUUCAUAUGAAUUAUGAAUAUUUACAAUCGUUGCGCUGUAAAGCGGGUAUAAUAUUUCUGUUCCAAUUUUUUCACAAAUAUUUCUUGUGUCUUAAUUUAGUUUUCCACCAAUCUCUUCAUAAAUCGAACGGGGCUGGGUGCGAAUGUAUAGUUCCAUCCAGGAAGUCAACCCGUAACUUUUGAAGGAUAUGAAUGUUGGCUUCGCCUGCUACUCUGAUUAAAUGAAAGCAAACAAACCAAAUGAAUUCAAAUUGAAUUAAAAGGUGGAUUCAACGGGUUCACCUUAACCACAAAUAGUAAUUCCCAAGGGAAUUGAUUUUUAGGACGCGGUAAUUUGGAAGUGAUAACUUCAUUGUGCCCUCACAUCCAAUUAGAGGCUAUUAACGGCAAUUUUUUUAUCGAUAACGUUUUGUUUGAAUUCUUUUUCUAGAGCCCAAGAGACCUCACAAAAUCAGUGACACCACCGCUUGCUUUCAGAGUGUCCUCUCGUCCGACGAAUCUGUCAUCAAACCGAGUGAAGGAUAAGCAGCUUCCGCGACCGAUUCCGAAACCUUUCGCUGUCAAGCCCAGUCUAACAGGCUCCUCACUCACAAGGACAUCAUCUUCUCAUUUGGCGGGCGAUGUUGGUUGUGGCUCCAUUCCUCCGCCUCCCAGCUUUUUACAGUCGUCAGAUUCGUCAUCUUGUUCCCCUCCUCCACCGCCAUUACUGUACAUCCCUGCGGCGGCUCAGAGAGUCACUCAUCUUCACGGUCCUCCUACCCUUCAAAGAUUCCCAUCGACUUCUCCUACGCGAGAUCAAGAAAGCACUUCGCCUUCAGAGGUAAGGCACAGGCUGACAACCAUUCAAGAUGAUGGACCACCGCCUUUAAAGAGGUAUCCUCCUGUAGAUGUGGAACGAGAGGACGUGAAGAGAAACAACGUCUCGAAGGAGCCAUCUUUAAGAAAGGCUGGAACUUCAGAAUUCCAGCCAAUUUUAUGGACAUCAAACAAUAGUGAAAAAAAGGACCAUGCUACAGUUGAAACUGCUACAUUUAAGAAAUCAAACACUUCUGUUUGUGACUUGACUAAAAUUUCCGAGGUAGGAAAAAAGGUUGACACGAAUGCAACUACCUGGAGGAGUAAGGAAAUGCCACUGUUACGGAGACACUCUUCAGCAAGUGAGGUCGCGGAUGUGCGCGUUGAAGAUCACUUGCUUUUCUCCGGGGCAUCACGUAGGAUCAAUUCCAGCAGUAGUCCUCCUCGUCUGCAGCGGGUUCCUAUCUCGGUGGAUACAGCCAUUGAAAUGCAUCUUAAUCGCGUUGUUUCCUCCGGAAAUUUAACUGAACCUACCCGGAAGCAUAUAGAAGCUUCCAGAAGUCGUUAUUCGCCAAACUUCCCGUCUCACCCUCCAAGACUGGUUAGACACUCACCAAGUCACCUUGGAAGGAACGCUAGUCCAGCAUUUCUCCAAAAUGACUCAUUGAACAUCGGCGUUGAUCCCAGUCGGCGACAGUCUUCGCCGUUUUUUGAUUUAGCUUCCUCUAAACCCGUAAGUGCGCAGCCUAUUCAGGAAACACCUCUCGGUAGAACUAUUCCUGUUGGAUCUCUAGUUUCCGCCAGACAUUCUCCGUUGUUUACGUCUAGUCAGGCCAGGUACAAGAGUACUUACGUUUUCUCAAAUCGGCAGACGUAUGUGCAGCCAGUAAAUGAGACGAGACCGUUGCCAGUCAGCGCCUUGAUGGUGCCCACUGCAAAUGGUGUAAACGUCUCUGGAAAUCAUUCCGAAGUUAAUGCAAUGCGACUUCAAUUAAAUAGUGGUUUCAGCCGAUUGAACGAGUGGAAGCUUUCCCACCCUGUGCAGAAUCCGUGUCCAAGCCCUUCAUCGUCCUCGUAUAUUCAUCGUGGAACAAAUCUCAGUGUCAUGCCGGAAAAUAGACAGCUUAGUAAUUCUCCUGUAGGAUUUAAGAGAAUCCCAUCUCCAAGAUCUGACUUGUUCAGCGGCAUUUCAUCAGCACCAGUUGAUAUUUCAUUUAUGUCGCACGCUGGCCCUAAAAUAGAUUCUACGGUUUCAGGAGUUAAACCGUGGGCUUUCCAGCCUAGUUUAAGACAAAAAGAAAACUCUCUUGGAGGCUUGCCUCCUACAUGGUCUCAUUUACAGUCUCCCUAUUCAAUACCAUCCGUUGUUUCCCGUAGUUCUCCUAAACCGUAUACUUUUUCUGCAAAUCUUUCACAAGCCUCGCGCCAUUCUGGGUCGUAUUCUGUUUUGCAUUCAAACGCAGGGACGUUAGAAAGAUAUUCCGUAGGACCGUCUGGAUCGAGUGAUUGUCAGUACGUGUCAGUUAUUCAGCGCGCGAAUGCCAACGAAGGUGAACCAUCACGGCGCGAGAUUUGGACAGGCGAACAAGAAAAUGUCAAAACAUUUCAGUUGCCAAAGGCAUUUCAAGGAGGCGAUAUGCGAUACGAUGCGAGCUCAAAUGCCUUGUUAAACAAAAUUUCAUCACCAGAUGCAUCCAAGAGGGAGCAAUCAUCCAAAGAUCAUCUUAAACAAGUACAAUCUUCUGUAAAAGAUUUCGAUUCUGUCAACUUGAAUCGGCAAACGCCAAGCGCAUCAAGCAAUCAUGAGAAGGAGAGGCCGCCAACUUCGGACUCACCCAGGUUAAAGGCAAAGAAAGACAAAGUUGCGGGUUCAACAAAAUGUGUCAAUACAGGUUUCAAGGUGAACAGUCCACCAAAAGUUGUAAAGAAGACUUCAGGCUCCAAGCAAAAAGAGGCGUUGUGUUCUCUUCCAGUUAAACCAAAUGAUUCACCUGUUUUUUAUCCAAGUGAAGAGGAAUUCCGCAAUCCUGUUGCAUACAUCAACGCGAUACGCGGCCACGGAGAAAAAUUUGGUAUCUGUGUGAUUUGCCCUCCUGAAUCUUGGAAGGUUUGUCUGAUUUUAUGUUUUUACAGUCAAAUCAGUAGAAGUGGAAAAGAUGUUGGUAAAAUUUCCGCACAGCCCCAUACUAUUGUAAAACAAAUCUGUCUUCCCAAUGGCAAUCUAUUGUUUUUGUCAUUGUUUUCUCUAUCCAAGAACUGAAUGCAUAAUGUAGUAUGGGGCUGUGCGGAAAUUUUACCAAGAUGUUACUCAAGCUUUGUCAAAUUACAAAAACGUAAUUGCCCUUAUUUAUAUGAAAUUCCACUCUGAAAUGUAUUUGGUAUGCACAAAGCAGCCUUUUUUCUUUCGUAGUUUACAAGUAAUAGCAUUCCAAACUUCAUCUCUUGGGUCAAGAAACAGUGUUUUCUUCUGUCUAAAUUGUAUUUAUUGUUGUGGUUAUUAUUUAUCAUUUUUUCUUGCAUUUAGCCCGAGUUUCAGGUGUCCGACAAUUUGCGUUUUAAUAGCGAGUGUCAGUUGAUUCACAAACUCCAAGACAGGUGAGAAACUGGUGCAAGUAAGGCUGUUAGUUAAAACCUUUCCCCCAAAAAAAAAAAAAAAAAAAAGAGACCAGGAUAUAAGUAUCAAUUAUCUCCAACUUCCUGGUUAAAAUUUGCGCAAGCUGUUGAGACAUAAAAAUUUCAUUGCCUUAUCCAUUUCACGAUGACUACAUCGUUAGAGUGUAAAUUAAACACUUUUUUUCAUUAAACUGCUUUUCGAUUGAUUAACCUAUACCACACUUGCCACCGUCUCAGUUUGUGAGAGCGGAGCGAAUCAUCAUCAUUAAAACCAAUAAGGAAGAACCCAUCGUGAAUGUAUGUGAGCGAGCGCGGGAAACUACAAUCAGCGUUAAAACUAGUUGACAUAACAUGUUUGAAGAGUCCUCUUUAUGUGUAGAAUAACACUCCUGUUUCUUCCCCUCUUUAAAUCUCUCAAAUCAAGACCCUGUCUUCCCCAUCUAAUGUUGCCUGUAAGAAGCUUUAAGUUCAUAAAAUCACGGUACAACAUUGUUUUUUGGGGAAAAGGCGAAAAAGGUCAACUUAACAAGAGCAAAAGAGAUAAAGUUGAAGCAAUAGGAGGCUGAAAAGAUCAAAGUGUCAACAAUUUUGUCGCCGAUUGUAGGUUUUCGUUUUUUUUGCAUUCGAGCGGUGGAGAGGACAGCGCUAUUUCCUCUCUGUGACGCUCUUCCACGCUCAAAGGAAAAAUACCUUUGUAGACGUUGUUAAGCUUUCUUGGUGUUGAAUUUUCCAGGUGGGGUCCUGUGGAAGAAGAAUUGGCUUGCAUCCGCAAGCAUCUCGAUCAGCAGUCAAUUUCUCUUGCGCCCAUGCCUCAGGUGAGGGAUUUAGUAAAUUAGCUCCUAAAAUUAAUACCACUGAUAAAAACCCUUAUGUUUUUUCUGGGUAAACUAUCACCAUCAAAUGUAAAUGUUACGAAUAUUUAUCUUGUCUCGCAGAUUGGUGGAUACGAACUCGAUCUUCCUCAGUUUUCCAGAGUGAUGAAACAAUUUGGAGGACUGCAGAAGGUUGGUGGUUGUUCUUGUGUGGAUAGUUACAGGCGCUGCUUCUUAGAGCUCCUUUCAAACUCGCUAAACGAAGUAGGAACUUUCAGAAUUAAUCUAUUUCGUAAAAGACUCGGUGGCCUGGGAGUUAGCGUACUUGAAUCCAGACUGAGAGGACUAGAUUCGCGUCCAUGCUUGGUCAUUGUUUUGUGUUUAUGACUAAGAUACUUAACUCUCACCACAAUGGCGCAUUCCACCUUAGAGUGAAGCAAUAUUCAUGGUAACGUCAUGUUGGUGACACCUUGACAAGCUAAGGUAGUCAUGGGCCCUGAGGCUCAUAGGACCAAAACGCGCAGGAACUGCUUUAUUAAAUAUUUAUUUUCCGCGUUACUGCCGACAGUUUGCGAGGAAAAGAAAAUUUCCUUCGAUGUAAAAGAGAUGUAGACUGCAGCUCAUAAAAUGAAGGCAGAAAGGCAGAUUUAGUAUAAUUGACGGGCGAAAACUAACGGCCAUUGCCGCCGUCAUAGACAGUGGGAAUAAACCUUUUGAUUCUUUAAAUGACUGUCAUAAUUUUCGCUUUUCUAACUGCGUCAUAUUUUCCUAUAACUUGUUGACGAGAAUUUGGUGUUGCAUUGGGAUAACACUUUCAAGUUGUUAAGUUUUUUAGUUUUCGUCGCUGGUCUGUGCUUUGGAACUGUUAGGAGAAAUUAAACGGCAAUUGCUACUGAGUUAAACUUGAAGAUUGUUUUGUUUGACUUUCCAGGUUAUUGACAACAAAAAAUGGACGAAAAUUGCCGAAGUGAUGAAAAUUCCUCGGGGGGUAAGUUACUAAUUUUUACCUAUGGAAUGUAUUAGAUUUGUAGCGGUUUCAAUAAUUUUUUGCCUUAAAACGGUUGCCUGUAGGCGGCGGUGCCAUAAGGCGAAACCCAAACAAGAGAACCAAUACGCAGGCUCGACAGACAGCGGUAAGAGGUCUUAUAGGCGGCGUCCUGAUAACCAGCUUCUAUAAAAGCCCUGAAUUUGUCGUCCAUUUGAAGCAACGACUGAUCAGAAAUCUCCCAGAGAAGUACUUUUAAAAUGGUUUCGAUCAUUUUUCAAUGUCACUUAGUAAUUGGUCUCGCGGAAAAGUUCACGGGGAUAGAGAAAUCACAAAAUCUCGUACAUUUGACGGACUGCGUCGAUGAAUCAAUUUCUUCGUUGUCAUCAAGAAUUCUCUUUUUCUCUCUUCAGACUAAAUCUCUUGCUUUGGACAGACCAGAAAAAACUGUACUUGAACAAAGAUUUUCGAAAAAGCCAAUGUGUUUGAAUUUAGAGCUUUUAACCAUGCAAGACGCGUGAAAAGGAAAACUUUUCAGAAUUGAUAACACUUCCUCUGGUUGUUUCAUUUCAGGCUCAAGACCGAAUAGGAAAACUACAGGAUAUUUAUUGUAAAUACUUGCUCUCGUACGAUCUGCUUCCGCAGGUGAGCUUGUUUGCUUGUACUUGGUUUAACUCUGUACAUCCUAACAUUUGUGUGAUUUUCUCCGUACUUUUCGCUGUUCAUUACUUAUGGUACUGAUCAGGAGAAGUUGUUAUCCAGUCAAGGACUUUUUGAGCGGCUGAUCAUUCCCUUUAUACUUGUAAUCUUAACGUUUGAUCCGGUAGUGAUAAUUUAUAGAGAAAUUAGAUGCUAAUCACUCAAAGGGGUUUAAGGAUUGAUAUAGAUAGUCUGAGUUUGUAAUCUAAAAUGCGUCACUUGCGAGUAUUUAUUUUCCAGUGUUUCUUUGUAAAACUGUUCGUUUUUCUUUCAGGAAGAAAAAGACAAAUUGUUGCAACAGGUCAACGCGGAGAGGAAAAGUAACAACCCCUGUGGUACGUUCAAGGAGUGACACUGACUUACAAAUUAUUUCUUAUUGAGAGUAAAGUUUCGCAUACAGCCGUUGUAUCACUACUCUCUAUUUCCAGCAUUGUGUUUCACUGUUUUACAUUACGCCUCCAAGUUUAGUGUUGAUUGUCAACGUGCGAUUUUGUUUUCUCCUUUCUAGAAAAAGACGCGGAUUCUUGGUCAAUGAAGGUACGGGGGGCAUUCUAUAUUUUACUUUUCACCUGUGUAGCUUUUUGUAAGUUUCCGUUGGACACUUUCACAAACUUGAUGUACACGGGAAGUAUAUACCGACGUUGAUUCCCUGGACGAAAUCCCUUGUGCAGUACAAACUAAGGCAUCACCAUAACUUCGAGUGGCAUGCCCUUUCGACUUGUUCUCAUAAUUCCAACAAAUUUGAAUUCUUGGAAGGAGCCGCGAUGACAAAACGUUUCACUAAAAUAAAACUCUUCUCCGGAGAGCGAUACCAUGGGGUAGUCUUAAUGACAGUUGUUCCCGCGUGUUUGCCGAUCUUAAGACAAAAGGCAACCCAGUAGACCAGCAGUAUCCAAAAUCUGAUUUCGUCUAGCUUGCGAGCUGACCCUCAUUAUUAACACUGCUGGACACGCGUUUCUCAGCACCCGGAAAGAUUUCAGACGACUCGGAGAGAGGUUUGCCGGUCUGUGUUAACCCUUUAACUUCCAAGAUCUCAUCAGUAAUUCUCCUUACUGUCUUCCAUACAGUUCUUGUGAUGUUAGUUUGGAGAAUUUGGGAUAGGAUCAACCUGACAAUCCCCUAAUUGAUACUUUUCUUUAUUCUCAUCACUUGUCUGCUUGAUACUGUAUGGAUAUUGUAAGGAGAAAUUCUGCCUUGGUCACUCAUGGGAGUUAAAGUGUUAAACCCCUGACAGACCUCUCGCUGACUUUCACUGCUCUAGGGCUCAUACUGUCUUGCAGUCGUAGUAAGGCUCGCGCUGAAGCGCUUAGAUUUCUUCUUGCAUCAGAAUCCCACUUUUAAUUACGAACAGCAAGUAAUCUGAGCCAACUUAUCAGUCAGACAGUAAUAUUUGAUGCGUUACUAUAUCUUCAGAACCAAUCUCAUAGGAAAUAUACUACGGCAAGUAGAGAGAACUUCUUUGAUCAGGGCACUGAUUUGUUAUUAUCUUAUGUUAGGGUCGUAACUUGUCUCUGGUACCAUUCCAAAGACUUGCACGCAACGUGCAAGAGCAUUUCUUUAAGAAGCCACCUUUGGCUAACGACGUCGAGGUAUGCGUGUGUGUGUUUGUCAUUUUGUUGUUAUUUUUUAAUUACGAUUAUAUGUUUUAUUUGGUUUACGAAUAUUGGAGGGGGGGGGGGUAUUGAAGAGUGUUGCGGAAGCCUGGAAGCCUGUAGUAAGAAGUAUUUGAGGAACGGCUGCAGGAACGGCUGCAGGUACUUCAAGCCAUCAUCCAUGCAUAUCAAUUUUUUUCAUCGUUAUUACUCUUGUUAUUGUUUUUAGCGGGAAUUCUGGAAGCUUGUUCAUAAUCGCGACAACUAUAUUUCUGUUCACCGUGGAAGUGUAGACACAAACCAGGAGAACAGCGGCUUUCCAACUGAAAAAGGAAAUGUUUAUUCAAAGUAAGUAAUUAACAGAACUAGGAAAAAAAAAGGAUUGAUAGAUACAUAAAAGCUUAUUAGUAAGGUUAAAAUAUCUUCCAGAUUAAGACAGAUAGUUCCCUGCUUUGUCUAAUCAAAGUAGCUGGCGCUUCGGAAACGAGCAGCCGGUGAAAGCGCCGGUCGCCGAAGCGUCCAGCGGACAUUAUUUAUACCUUACUCUUUACUCCAUGUCUAAACUAACUAAUUUUCAUAGGAAUGGAUGGAACCUGAACGUUCUUCCACAUUUGCCCGGUUCAGUUUUGAAACACCUGGGAUUUGUUCAAGGUGAGAGCAAUUUUGAGACAGAAUCUUGUUAUUUAACAGCUAUAAAAUCAACUCUACCCCAGUUAUAUACGAGAUUCUGCGGAUUGCAGUUUGUUUGUAAGCUCUACAUAACUUGCUUUAAGAUCCCCCCACCAACCGAUCUCAGAUGCUAGUAUUAGGAUUAAAGAGAUGCCUUUUAAACAAGGCUUACAAUGACCACACUGUCCGGUUUCAAUUGCAAUUUUAGAUGUCACAGUGCCUUGGCUUCAGUUCGACAUGAUUUUCUCUGCGAUUUCCUGGCAGACUCACCCUCUUGCUCUCUACACAGUGGAUUACCUCCACAACGGAGGGGAGAAAAUUUGGUAAGGGAUUAACUCUUGCGGUUAUACUAGGCAUCUCGUCUAGAUUUUUUAGUUUAGAGAGAAAUUCAGACAUUUUGCCAUUAUUUGGUAUCACACAUCAUAUGACUCCCUCACACCCCCACCCCUCCCCAUCUGUCCACCCUCACACCCCCACCCCUCCCCAGCUGUCCACCUCACAUCCCCCGUUCCUCCCCAUCUGUCCACCCUCACACCCCAACCCCUCCCUUUCUGUCUACCCUCACACCCCUACCCCUCCCCAUCUGCCUGACGUAUUUGUAUCGCUCAACCGUUUUAAGCACGCAUAGCGUCAGACAAAUGGUUUUUAAUAGGAUGGUUAUUACUGGAUGUGUUUUAGGUAUAGUGUUCCAGUUGGAGAAAAGAAAAAUUUUCUUUCUGUCUGUGGCCAAAGGCAAAGCGGAGCAACGGAAACAACAGAAGUAGACAAAAUGGUGAGACUUUUUAAUUGAAGACAUUCAGUUUUUUGAAGACAAUCAGAUAUGAACAGUCACAUGGUGCCGAAAAGCAUGCAAUUAAAGUAUGACGCGAUUACCUACGAGAGACCAGACCAGGUGAUAUCAAACAAGGUGUUCGCAAAGAAAAGCAUUCGUGGCGAAAUGAUUUUCUCGCAGUAGACAAGAGAAGGAAAUGGAGAGAGACAUACAGUUGUACCAAACUGUGCCGGUGGCUGUUCCUUCAAUUUUUUUUUCUCCCGUUGCGAAUUAUUUGCAUCACGUGUUUUUCAAAAAGAAGGACAGCUAAUAAAGUUAUGGUCAAGAAACUUAUUGACAGCUCAAAACAAAUUCAAGGCUAAUGGUUUGUGAACAUAUAUUACCGUUCUCUCUCAUGCAACCCUGCAGGGAUGACCCAACACUCGAAAUGGCAGCUUUUCCAUACUCGCUUGUCAAUGAAAUGUUUCACUCUGCUGUGGACGCAACACGUCAAGUUUCCUUCAGAACCACCCACCUUAAAUUUUUUUCAAUCCUAAACAUUGGGCAUGAAAUUUUUCCCCAAUUUUGUUUUUCUGCAGGUUUCUCCCAGCAGUUUAUCGGACAACGGAGUGACGGUAACAAGAGUUGUACAAAAAGAGGGACAGUUCGUGAUCGUCUUUCCGGACGUAAGAUGUACUUUACUUUCUACCUUGAAACGUUUUCGUUGUGUCGGUAAUUUGUAAUAAAAGGCUACCCUAGAUCUUAUAGAUCCAAAGUUAAGUAAACUUAUUUCAGUUCAGAUGAGCCAGGAUGUUUCAUUGCACUUAUUGCAAAAAGGCGAAACAGGAAGACGACUAGACGACCGACUCCGAGAACACCUUCGUGAUGUUUAGAGGAAUGACAGACGUAUACAAACCAGUCGUGAGACUCUUAAAUUUUCCAAAUCAUUCUAAGCAACAUAUAGUAGUCUGCACCUUUUCCUUACAUCAAGACGAUUCGGAAAGCCGCAAAACUUUAGAACAGAGAAAUGUGUUUUGAAUCGGCACUCUUAAUCACCACGGUAUCAACGAACGCUUUUCUUAAGCUUGCUUAUUUAUUCUUGUUUUUCUCGUUACCAUCUCCCCACCAAUGGCGUAACUGCACCUUUCUGUAUAGAAAACCACACACAGCCCACAAUCCCACAUUUUCUCUGACAAAGGGCUAACGCUCGAAACGUCAGCUUUAAAGACUCUUUACGGUGGCCAAUGCACAUUAUCUACUCAUUUAAUAAAAUCAAAAUAUUUUGAUCUCUGUUGAGUUAAUUUCCCGAAACAGAAAACAUUUGCUAUUGAAGGAAUACAGCAAACAUUCUUACCGAAUUUUUUUUCAUAGGUUUAUUACAGUAGCAUCAGUUGCGGAUAUUCUAUUUCUGAAGCAGUGGCCUUUGCAACUCCUGACUGGGUUGUGCUUGGGUGUAAACGCUAUAAGGUGAGAUAUUAGAAGAGUCAUUGUUUUAACCGACGACGUCGUUGUUUUCUUGCUAAAGUACUGUUUAAAGGUGUAGUGACUUUGGCUUCCCUAUUUCCCCUGUUACCUGAUGUUUAAACUUAUUUUCGUACAUUUUAACGGAAGUAACAAUGCGCACAGCAUUUUGGCCAGCUGUGCAAAGAUGGGUGAUAGUUUCCGCUGAAUCCAAAAUUAUUCGUCAGUUGACGGGAGCUGCAUUCAUUUCGCCAGGUCGACUGAAGUUCAUCUCUUUCAGCAUCUUUUCAUUCAUUUUUUGUUAUUUCAUUCAUUUCUACUUUUUUUACCCCUCUUCAGGAAUUGCAGGGCACCUCUUGGUGGAGCGAGUUUGCGUUGGAGAGGCUGUUGCUUGGCCUUGCUGAAGAGGUAAAAAUACACCGGUUAUGUGACUUCAACCUGGCUUUCUUUCACUCUAAAAAGCGUUAUUGCACGAAGCCACGAAGGCCACUGAUAUCGGAGGAGGACAAACGAAAAUUAUGAAAAUUGGUAUCUUUUGAAUGCAAAAAUUUAACCAAUUUUCUUUUUCAAGUCUAAAAGACAAUGCGUAAAAUGUAAUAAACAAAAAACGCUUCAUUAAUAAACUGAAGGAUUUUGAAAUUGUCACGAGAGAAAUAUUCUGACGUUGUGGUUUACAGCUGUCACUUCAAGAAUCGUUAUACUACUUCUUGUUUUGUUUAGGUUUUUUUUUGUUGUUCAUUAUUGUUUAGUGUUUUAUAUAUAUAUAAUUAUAUAUCCUAAUAAUCUAAGCUUGAGUCUUUGGCCCUGAAUCAAACAAAAUUUCUCUGCUUUACAAGAUUGCUUUAUAAAUUGUACGGAGAAAUCACUUAUCGAUCACCUCUUAGAGUAAAAGAGUCAAGGUUUAGUUUGAGCAAACGAAAUUUUUGAGCCCAAUAAAAGUGGCCGCACUGUAUACCUACAGUUGCAUAGUAUUAUGGGUGUGAUAUUCUUGUGGUAGGGUUCCGUUGCUGAUGUUUAAGCUCUUACAAUAUCUUCAUAAUAAAGUGGAUCAUUGUUGAAAAUUCUUCGCCUGAAAAUGUGAGUGCGGUGGGUGGGUAACAGGCGGAGUGAUGUUAUGAAUUGCAUUGGGUAGUUUCGUUUCCUCUUAACUGCGAGCAAACAACAAAGCUUGUAGACAAAUAAGUUUAUUUGGGGAGGGCCUGACAAUAACCAACCCAAAACACUAAAUUGUUAUUUUUCCGUGGGAGAAUUUGGGAUUCGAAGUAGAAAUCAAGAGCUCUUUCAUCCAAUCCUCAUUCACUUGGUUUCCUAGCUUUUUGCCAAAUUGCUCGGGAAUUUUUUUACCUUAUGAGGAAUAAAAGCUGUCGUUUCAUGGUCGAUACACUAGUCGGAUGUUGACUUUCCGAUUUGUGUUGCAAUGGCGACGAACAUUGAAUGAUUUGUGACAUAAGCCGCAGAAAAUCAAAACAAAGUAUAAUGCCUCUUACUUUUCCUUUGCUUAUCAGCUGAAUGUGGAAAACCAGGAAAUACUUCAGUGUUUACUGACGGAGCUCAAGUCUGUGAGGUAAUGCUGUUCUUGUUUGCUUUUAUUUAUUAUUACUAUUAUUAUUAUUAUUAUUAUUAUUAUUUUAACUACUUUUAUUAUAGUCGUUUUUAUUAUCGUCAUCAUCACCGUUAUUUUUAUCAUUAGUAUUAUCAUAAUUGCUUUUAAUUCUGCGAUUGAUAUUGCUCUUACUAUUAUUAUUAUUAUUAUUAUUAUAAUUAUAGAAAAGACUUUGGUGCUUUCUCGGUGGGAGUUAACACAAGAUAAUUUGGUUUUAUAAGCUAAGUUGAUAAUGUAAUCGCCACCGUAAAAGAGUUUCUAAAGCUUAUGUUUCAAGCGCUAACUCGUCGUCAGCGUGAUUUUCUUAGUUAGGCGCUGGAAGUAGGAAUGUCUCUAGAAAGCUGAUAAAUAGUAUAUAAACUUUUGAAAGUGAUGUUUUUUUGUGUUUCUUUUUUCCUCCAAAGGGAUGAAGAGAAGUCCUUUAUGGUUCAGCUUCUAGAACUCGGUUUGGUUGAAACGCAUGUCGACAACGAAAAGAAAUCUUCAGGGUCGCCUGGAGGUAAGAAUGGGUGGAUAUUUUCAGGAAUAAAAACCCGUGAAUGAGUUUAUGAUAAACCCCGGCAGGGUGAGGCAUAUAAAUCUUGAGGAGUUUGUUGAUCGAUUUCUCAGAGAGAAUGUUAAACUAUGUUGAUUUUCGUGUUAAAGAUACUUUCCUUAGGAGCUUUGCUAUGGCUUGUGCAACUCGGAGAAAAGUGAAAAAAAUAUUUCAAAUGGUCAUAUAAAUCCGUUUCAAUCACGGUCCUAUCCUUCCUUGGCCAUAUUUUUCUUGAAUAUCCUGUGUUUUUACGAUACGAAAAAUUGCCAAUUCUGCAUAAAUUCAAAUUAAGGUAGUUCUGCAACAGAUGACUCAAGAAUCCUUUAACGUUGCCUUUUAAUUCGAGUAAUGCAAGCAACGGAAGCGAACCCACGACCCUCUGCGCAUCUGUCAGUUGUUGUGGAACUUGACCAUAAGGAGACCCGUACCGAGAUGGUCAUUAGUGACAGAUGUUUUUCUUAAUGCUGGGAAAAGCCUUCCAUGGUAAACCUCAGCAUUCCAUAUUGCCAGUUUAGCUCUUCAAUACGGUACCUGAUCUUGGUACUUUUCACUAGCCUGACGAACGUCCUCAUUGUCACUUUUCUGAUGUUGUUUUAGGUAGGAAAGGAAAAAAGUCAACCACAAACUGGCCUCACGCUGAUUCAGGCUGUGUUUUGUAUUGCGAGGUCUGUGACCGUCCGUGCUACGUGUCAGCGGUGAGUGUCCACUUGCGUCUGCGUAAAGUACACAGAUUUUUACCUAGGGGAAAGCUCGUCGACCUCUUUUGGAUGACGCGGUGUAAGAGUGGUGUCUUUGACUAUAAACAGUAACUUUUGUACUCUCUAAAUUCUGUCCUCUCGAUCUCCACAGGUAACAAGUGAACAUGAUCCUCAAGUACUCUGUCUAAAACACGCUGUGGAACAUAUCCGUCAGAGGGCUUCGCCUGAAGGCUUUAAAAUUUUGACCAGAUAUGAUACGGUAAGUAACGAGACGAAAAAUUAACAGAUUUAGGAAACACCACGCACUGUCCUAAUGGUCACCAUGUUGCACUACGGGUUGUGGAGUCCAGGCUCGAGUCUUGGGUUAGGGUCGUUGUGGAUGUGGUACAGAUGUUUCUUGAUGAAAUCAGCAGUGCAAUGUAACGAGCGGUGGACGUCCCAGCGCGACAGUAUAACGUGUUCUUUAAAUUCUGAUGUUAUCGUGUCAUGUAUGUUCAAUUUCUUUUCUUUUGAGACGUAACUCAAACAGGUUCUCUACUUACCCUAUACAGAUUUUGCGGCAGAAUUACGUCGUUAUUUUGCACACUUUUUUUUCAAUUACUGACUGAUGUGCUUUUUAUUUUAGUCUCGACUGGAAGAACUUGUACGCAAGAUUGAAGAAAAGCUGAAAAACGUGCAAACCUCACAAACUGCAAAGUAAUAUAAGUUGAACUUUGCAAGCGUCUCUUUAGAACUUCCUGAAACAAACAAUGUAAUUUUAAGGCAUAUAAAAGUGCUGGGAAUAGAUAUAAGGUCUGGGGUGGGGACAGAAGUGAGGCGAUGGGAGCUGCUAGGGAAGGAAAAAUGGAGGAAAAUUCUUUAAAUAAAUACAACAGGGGCCCCCCCCCCCUCUCCUCCCAUUCUUCUGCCUUCUUCCGAGAUACGGUACUUACUCUGUGUACCUCAGCACAGUCCUAACCGGGAAAGGACUAAUCUUCUCUUGAGAACACCUAGUGUUUUUUUUCUUGUUUCUCGUUACCCUUUUGUUGACAGACUUUCACACAAACGUGCCUAUUUUAAUUUUUAGGUUUUGUACUUGUGUUUUGUUUUAUUUGUUGUUUUUUUUUAAUUCAUACCCUUUCAAAGUUUCUUUUGCUAAUUUUUAUGCAUUAGUUGGCUUUUUGGGUCAGAAUAUACGGAGAGAUGUUAACUUUUACUGUGCAUAUGCACAAUUGUGUGAGUGAAAAUAAAUAGCAAAAGCUAAUUGUUGCUUUUAGAGGCAAGUGAAUAUAUAGAAACAAAAAUAAUCUUUUAUUAGGAACAUAUUUGAAAUAAUAAAUACAAUGCUCACAAAGAUGUAAUAUGCUAAAGUUUAUAAAUAAAUGAUGAAUUUAACGC